AUGGAGCAAGGAACGCAAAAUGGUAUCCUGUUUCUCGUCCUUCUCGUUUUGUUCUAUGGAUCUUAGCCCAACAAUUCAGUUUUUAAUUUGACCCGAAAUACAUAAAUUAAGAAAGCUUUCGGAUCUUUCUGUUUGCAUCGAGCAAAAUUGUCUUAGUAAAUUGUUAUCUAAACCCAUUCAUAUACGCGUGGAGAAUUCCAAUUUACAGAAGAGCACCAACGGCGGUUUUCAGUGGCUGUGUUCGCCUGCCAAGAAACACAGUUUCCAUAGUAAUGCAAAAGCUCGCCGUUAACCGCAGUGACCACACAGGCAACAUUAACAGUUUAAGAUCUGAUGGAUCACUUACAUAA